UGGGUGGUGGUGCAAUGAAUUGGGUAUCCUUGCGGUCGGACUCAAAUGUGGAGUUCUGAGAUCUGACGCUGGUGGAGCGGGUCUGGGAGACGGCCCUUGGGCGAAGCGGCCCCGCGAGACUAACCGGAAGGAUGGAUUUUACAGAGGCUUUCUCAAACACAUGCUCUGCAGUUGGAAUUGCUGCCAGAGAAGGCAAUGUUAAAAUUUUAAGGAAACUACUAAAAAAAGGUCGAAGUGUGGAUGUUGCUGACAACAGGGGAUGGAUGCCAAUUCAUGAAGCAGCUUUUCACAACUCUGUAGAAUGUUUGCAGAUGCUAAUUCAUACAGAUUCAUCUGAAAACUACAUUAAGACAAAGACUUUUGAGGGCUUCUGUGCAUUACAUCUUGCUGUGAGUCAAGGACAUUUGAAAAUCACACGGAUUCUUUUGGAAGCUGGAGCAGAUCCUAAUGCAACUACUUUAGAAGAAACCACACCAUUGUUUUUAGCUGUUGAAAGUGGACAGAUAGAUGUUCUGAAGCUGUUGCUUCAACAUGGAGCAAAUGUCAGUGGAUUCCAUUCUAUGUGUGGAUGGAAUUCCUUGCAUCAGGCUUCUUUCCAGGGAAAUGCUGAUGUUAUAGAACUGCUUCUUAAGCAUGGAGCAGACCGUGAAUGCCAGGAUGACUUCGGAAUCACACCCUUGUUUGUAGCUGCUCAGUAUGGGAAGCUCAAGAGCUUGGACAUUCUUAUUUCAUCUGGUGCAAAUAUCAAUUGUCAAGCCUUGGACAAAGCUACUCCCUUAUUUAUUGCUGCACAAGAAGGUCAUAUAAAGUGUGUGGAACUUUUGCUGUCCAGUGGGGCAGAUCCUGAUCUUUACUGUAAUGAAGACAAUUGGCAAUUGCCUAUUCAUGCUGCUGCACAAAUGGGUCAUACAAAGAUCUUGGACUUGUUAAUACCACUUACUAACCGGAUUUGUGACACUGGAGCAGACAAAGUGAGCCCUGUUUACUCAGCAGUGUUUGGAGGACGAGAAGAAUGCCUGGAAAUAUUACUACAGAAUGGCUAUAGCCCAGAUGCACAGAUGUGCUUGGUAUUUGGGUUCAGUUCCCCUAUGUGCAUGGCUUUCCAAAAGGACCGUGACUGCUUUGGAACUGUGAAUAUUCUUUUGAAGUAUGGAGCCCAGUUAAAUGACCUUCACUUGGCAUACUGCCUGAAGUAUGAGAAGUUUUCGAUGUUUUGCUGCUUUUUGAAGAAAGUUUGCCUGUUGGUUCCUUGGAAUCAUAUAUCUGAAUUUAUAACUUAUGCAGUUAAAGCACAAAAAAAAUAUAAAGAGUGGUUGCCACAUCUCCUGCUUGCUGGAUUUGACCCAUUGACUCUGCUGUGCAGCAGCUCUUGGGUUGACUCAGUCAGUGAUGACAUCCUUAUUUUUACUUUGGAAUUUUCUAAUUGGAAGAGACUUCCACCAGCUGUUGAAAAGAUUAUCUCUGCUCGUGCAAACUCUUCUUGGGCUCUUCAGCAACAUAUGGCCUGUGUUCCAAGCCUGGCCCAUCUCUGUCGUUUGGAAAUUUGGGCUAUGCUAAAAGCAGAACACCAUUGUUCUGACAGUUUCAUCCAUCAGUUGCCACUACCAAGAAGUCUGCAGAACUAUUUGCUCUAUGAAGAGGUUUUGAAGAUGAAUGAAAUUCCAGAACCAGCAGCUAUUCGUGAUGGAGAAAUUAAUGAGGCCACCUGACAGCUAAAUUUUCAAUUCUGUUUAGUCACAAAAGAUGGGAAUGUUUAAAACUGGGCCUCCAACUUCCCUUCCUCCCCAGUAUUGUGAACUUUACUCAGCUUGCCUCACUCAGUUUUUUCUCCAGUGUACUUUGUUGUGUAGUAUUUGCUUAACUGACCAUUUUCUCCUUUAUGCUGCCAUGGUACUGGUUGUGACAUCUUUCCCUUUAACAUUUUUGUUCAUCUGUAUUUGAAGCUAAGGAUGGAAGCCAUAAACUUUCUAGGAAGAAUAUGUAA